GCUCCACUCAGUGAUUCAUACAGAAGGAAACAGAGGUUUUUUUUACGAAACAACGAAUUCACAAGCAGGCUUAUUAAUCAAAUGACGUCGAUAAAAAUGGUUGCAUAACGUGUCCAUCGCAGGCGAUGAACUUAAAAAUGUACGAAAUCGAAUUAUGAUUCUCGAGGAUAGUAGAGGAUAUAAGCAACGGAAGAUGAGACAAAGACUUGUCUGGGGUGGCUUGCUCUCCACUAUCGUGAUAUACCUGCUGAUAUCAAUUCAUCUAUAUACUAGUCGAUAUAAACAUGAUUGUGGAGCUAGAUCCCAGCCGAUACAGAAGCUAGAGGAGGAGAUAAAUCGACUUCUUCGGAUCAUAAACGAAAAUGUACCGGAAGACAAGUACCAGCAAAAAUCAGCCGAAAGAGCUUGCCAGCCCAGGACGAGCAUCGUGUUCCAGAAGACCCACAAAUGCGCAAGCUCCACCUUGCAAAACAUACUACUAAGAUUCGGCGAUAAACGCAAUCUAACGUUCGCACUGCCAAACGAAAACGCGUUUUACUAUCGACAUGUUUUUGACUACACGCGUCGAUUCCAACGCGAAUUUGUCAUGCAUAUACCCGGUAUACAGGAGUAUGAUAUUUUCUGUCAUCACGCUGUUUUCAAUAAGAAAGAAAUGGAAGCAGUUAUGACGGAAAACACAGCAUUUAUUUCGAUCGUUAGAUCACCCGUGAAGAACUUCGAAUCGACAUUCGAUUACUAUGGAUCUAGUAGAAAACAUGGAGUUGAUCAUUAUGAAAAUCCACUGAUGGAGUUCAUUAGACGAGCGGAGAAAGACCCGUUAAAUUUAAACUACACGUACGGGCCCAACAAAUGCCCGAUGAUGCAUGAUUUUGGAUUAACGCGCACGAGAGAUAAAUCAAACGAGAUUAAGGUUAAGGAGAGGAUAAAAUCUUUGGAUCAAGAUAUUGACUUGGUGUUGAUUUCCGAUUAUUUUGAUGAAUCGAUGAUUCUUCUUAAAGAAUUAAUGUGUUGGGACUACGAUGAUAUUGUAUAUUUGCCAAAAGUUGUACGAAAUAAGCAGAGGGUACGAGAGUUAACAUUAGAUGAGGAGCAAAGGAUUCGAAGCUGGAAUAAAGGAGAUGUGAUCCUUUUUGAUCAUUUUAAUCGUACAUUUUGGACGCGUGUGGAAGCGUUCGGGAAAGAACGAAUGCAGAAGGAGUUGGAAAUAUUUAGAAAAAGAAAACAAAUCUGGGAAGAAAAAUGCACAAAUAAAAGAGUCAGUGGACGUUUAUUUCGUGACUUUCAAUUCAAAACGGAUGCAUUUGGACGUGUAGACAUGGAAUGCAGACGCCUAGGUUGGUGGGAGCAGCCUUAUACAGAAUACAUUAGACACAAACAACUAUUUUGGGCGACUAGGCCUCAUUGACAACUACAUUUAAACCACUAUGGAUGGAUUUUCUACUACUACAUCAAUAUGUUGAAGCAAAAUAGCAAUAUCCUGUCAUAAGAUUAUUUUACAGUAGAAUAGUGUGUCAAUGAGAGAAAGUUAACAAAGGUUUGAUGAAAUGCUAUGUGUAAUUUAAAAUUGCAUAAAAUUAUUAAUUCUAGGACAACAAAAUGAGAGCAAAUUUAACAUGGCAUUCUCACAAAUUCAAUUCAUAAUCCGAAUUCAUAAUUUUGACAGCAUGUGGAUGUGGCUAUAUGUAAACUACACCACACACUGCAUUGCAGCAAAUGGAGGCUCGCCAAAUUUUAAUUUUUCCAGCACUGAAUGGUGCUAAAAACUGUUAUGAAGUCAAUUCAAUAAAAUGAAGCUUUAAUAUUGUAUGAUGAAAAUAAAACCUACAUGUCACUGGAACAUACAGUACUAAAAAACGUGAAUUAAGAGACAAUAACAGCUCCUUUAACCUAAAUUUUUGCAGCAAGUUUGUCAAAAGUCUCACACAUUAGUAAACUGACCAUGAAGCUUGUAAA